AUGAAAUAUAUAUUUCAGGCGGUCGACAAAGCGGUAUGGACGGAGGAAUCUGGCGCUGCGCGGCUAGAAGCAGUUCUGGUUGCGUUGGUGGAGAGCAAGGCACGAGCAUUGCAUGCCGAGCAAGCACGGCGACGUGCGCGCACGCACCCGUUGCUAUUGUUGUUACGAGACCAUAUACCAGACGAGGAAGCGUCAAUUGUAGAAAGUCAUCACGGUGGCGUUUCACAUUGGUGUGAACAUGAAGGGUCAAAAAAGAGACAAAAGAAACUCAAACUCCACACUCACCAUGGGGACAUCCACAGUCCAGAGAGUUUUGAAAUGGAAAGACGGCGGCGCAGGCGAAGAAGACAUCAUCACGCACAUCCUCACAAACCUAAGAAACAUCGAACUCUUCUCGUCUCAGCGAUUGACGAACAGGCGAAAGUUAUACAUGUAUUGGAUCCCGACGAACUGCCGCGACGCGCACGUUACACUAUAAUGGUGACAGCGUGUCUUCUGCUGUUCUUAUGUCUUCUACUUGUGGGGGUGACACUGCGUAUGGCACCUCUUAUUGAUGACAUGGGUAAGUAUUUUAUGGAAGUUUUAGAAAACAUCGUCGCUUAG